UGUCUUGUCAUCCGCAGACAAGAAAAAAGCAGGCAAAUUCCAGCCUUUCAAGAAGCUCUUCAGUAAGAGGAAGAAAAGAGAGCCUGCCUCAGACUGCGAGGAAGCCAAACUGAAGCCCAGUCACUCCUUCGGCAACGUCUGCAACAGCACCUCCUCCUCCGAUGAAGAGCCCAAUAGUGGUCUGAGGUCCUCCCAUUAUUCUAUGGGCAGUCGAGCAUUUUCCCAUGACAGUAUUUUUAUACCUGAUGGGAGAACAGAGGGUGAACAGGCCAUCCAAGCAAUGUCACAGGAGAACGUUUUAGGAAAAGUCAAAACUCUUCAGCAACAGUUGGCCAAGAAUAUAAAAUUUGGGCAGCCUCCACAAAUGACAAUUUCUGUGAAGACACUGGGUGAGGCAAACACUAAUACAGAAGAGGAUACGUUGCUCAGUAGCCCCAUGGAGAUAGAGGCUCAGCAGCAGGACACAGUGAUCUCUGACAGUGGUAAUAAAUCCACGAACACUCCAGAUAUGUUGAGAGCAAUGAAUUUGCCUGAAACAGGACAUGAAGUGGAAGAAAAGGUCACUCCAGUCAAAUCAUCUCGACCAAAAAGACAAUUUUCCUGUUCUGGCACAAUUGAAACAAUCAAUUUGGAUUCAGUUCCCCAGGCUGUUGCUCGUCUAGACAACAGUGCAGCUAAACACAAGCUGUCAGUGAAGCCAAAAAAGCAGAGGAUGUCCAGAAAGCACAAGAAACUAACAAAGGUGCUCAAUCUCUGGUCAAAUAGCAAGGCGUGGGGAGGGGGCAGUGAGGGAUCACAAAGUUUAACAAUAACAGAAUUUGAACCAGAGGACCUAGAAAUUCAGCUAUAUGGAGACAGAUACCCAAGUUAUAAUGGACACAUCAUAACAGACAAACUAAUCCAGAACAGAGAGGAGCAGAAACAGCUUCAACUGGCAGAGGAGAAAAUAAUGGAAGACCAUUGGGGGAUCUUAGAGGCUGAAAGGAUAAGGCAGAUUGUAGAAAUGGAAGAACAAAGAGAAAUGGAAGAACGAAAGCUCCAAGAGCUGGAGAAGCAGAGGUGGAAGAAGUUGGAGGAGCAAGAGGUUCAAGAGCUGGAGGAGAAGCACCAGGAACUGGAGAGGCAACAGAGACAAGAACUGGGGGAGCAGAGGCACUGGGAAUGGGAGGAGCAACAGAGACGAGAGGUGAAGGAGCAGAAGAUCCAAGAACAGAAGGAACAACAGAGACAAGAGCUGGAGGAACAAAAGCUCCGAGAACAGGAGGAACAACAGAGACAAGAGCUGGAGGAACAAAAGCUCCGAGAACAGGAGGAGAUACAGAGAAGAGAGAUGGAGGAAAAAAAGCUCCAAGAACAGGAGCAACAGAGACGAGAGCUGGAGGAAAAAAAGCUCCGAGAGCGGGAGGAGCAACAGAGACGAGAGGUGAAGGAGCAGAAGCUCCGAGAACAGGAGGAAAAACAGAGACAAGAGCUGGAGGAGCAGAAGCUCCGAGAACGGGAGGAGCAACAGAGACGAGAGAUGGAGGAGCAGAAGCUCCGAGAACAGGAGGAAAAACAGAGACAAGAGCUGGAGGAGCAGAAGCUCCGAGAACAGGAGGAGAUACAGAGAAGAGAGAUGGAGGAAAAAAAGCUCCAAGAACAGGAGCAGCAGAGACGAGAGCUGGAGGAAAAAAAGCUCCGAGAGCGGGAGGAGCAACAGAGACGAGAGAUGGAGGAGCAGAAGCUCCAAGAACAGGAGGAACAACAGAGGCGAGAGAUGGAGGAACAGAAGCUCCAAGAACAGGAGGAGCAACAGAGGCGAGAGAUGGAGGAGCAGAAGCUCCGAGAACAAGAGGAAAAACAGAGACGAGAACUGGAGGAGCAGAAGCUCCAAGAACGGGAGGUACAACAGAGACAUCAGGAGUUGGAGAAACAGAAGCACCAGGAAUGGGAAGAGCACAGGUGCAAGAAACUGAAAGAGAAACAGAGACAAGAGCUGGAGGAGCAGAAGAGGCUAGAGCAGGAAGAAUUAAGGCAACAAGAGAUUGAAAAAUGGCAUCAAGAGGAAGAAGAAAGAAAUUGGCACCCAGUACAGGAGAAGCUUCAAGAAGGAUCAGGAUCCCCAAAACUCAAACAGCCAGAAAAAGGAAAUAAAACAGCAGAAGAAGUCCUAGCCGAGAAACUGAAGAGAGAAGUUGAGGCUCAGGAGCAAAAGCGAAUAGGGGAAGAACUAAGGUGGCAAGAGGUAGAUGAAAGACAAACCACAUCCAGACCCUUCACAUUUCAGGUGUCUUCUGGAGAUAAAGAGAUCAUAUUUCAGAAAGUAAAUCUGAGUCCAGUCAUGCCUGUCAAGGAAGCAGGACUGUCUUCUUCAUCCAUCAAAGACUACAGGACACACACUUCCAGCAAGGUCUCUCAUACACUUCCAUCAUCUGUGUGUGUACCCCAUACAGCUAUUCUGGUUACGGGAGCACAGCUGUGUGGCACAGCAGUUAACUUGAACCAGAUAAAGGACACGGCUUGUAAAUCAUUACUUGGCUUAACAGAAGAGAGAAAAAAUGUGGAUAUUCCCUCACCAGAGAAGGCCCAGAAAAAAAAACAGGAUCCCAAAACCAGCAGCAGUAAAAUUAAAUAUGCACAGGAAACAGUGAACAACCAGGCAGUACUUGCUGAGUGGGCCUCUAUCCGCUCCAGGAUCCUGAAGAACGCAGAAAACGGCAAAUACAACGAGAGAGACCGAGGGAGUGUCUGCAGACACAGUGAUGACUGGACACCCCGAGGACGAGGUGGUCCCCAUGGCAACUUGAGGAAAACCCUCUCUGCGAAUGCAAAGUUCUCGAUAACGCCAGCAUGGCAGAAAUUUUCAGAAGCUUCAAAAUCCAGUUCACACACUGAGAAUGUAAGUGUUGCAAAAGGCAGUGAAACAGUGGCUGUGAAUAGAAUCACUGGCUCAUCCACUGAUUUGAAGGAGGAUGCGGCUUCCACUUCUAAGGAUAACUUAACUGAAAAGGCCAAGGAGAAAAUGGAAACCCGUAGUGAAAUGACAGACAACACAGAAGGCUGUAAAUUUGCAAAAGAUCUUCCAUCUUUCCUUGUUCCAAGCUUUUCUCAUUCUCCGGGUAAAGAACUACCCCAGACAGAACUUCCCAGUGCUCUGGAAAAUCAGCAGAAUAACAACACCAAAAAAGUGGAUAAACCAGCACCAAAUGGAGAAGAAAAUAUUUCUCCUUUUGGGAUAAAGUUACGAAGGACAAACUACUCCUUACGUUUCCAUUAUGAUCAACAGGCAGAACAGAAGAAAAAGAAAAGAUACAGUGCAGGAGAUAGUUUUGAUGGUGUGCCUGACCCACUAGUUACAACGGAAGAUGAGAAAGAAUCCCCUGUUUUUGCUCCACAAGAGAGUACAUCCCCUGGCAUGGGAAGAGUCCCUGGUAAUUUAAAAGACUCAAAAGACUCUCCAGUUACUGUGGUGGAGGUUUCACAACCAGCAGGCUCACCAGUGGUCCUACCAGCCAUAGGCCAGAGUGCUUUAGCCCUUCAUGAGAAACCUGCAUGCAAGUCACUGGUCCCACAGAAACCUGCUUUAGCUCCAAAGCCCACCAGCCAGACGCCACCAUCAUCUCCUCUCUCUAAAAUGAACAGAUCAAACCUAGCUGAUACGCUCGGGCAAAGGUUCGUGAAAGCUGAAUCAGACAGGGGUUGGAGAAAAGAAGACAGAGCAAAUGCAGUGCACCCCACACCACCCAAUGAGUACAAAAAUGAAGAGGAAGAAAUCAGAGAAAAGAAGUCAUUUUUCCCAUCUAUAAGCAUUCCAUGGAGGGAAAAAAAUGACAAAAAGCCUGAGCCAUUGAAGAAAGAAAAACCAGUCCUCCAGAGCAGGCACUCUUUAGAUGGCUCUAAAUUGAUGGAAAAAGUUGAAACUUCACAACCACUUUGGAUUACGCUAGCGCUGCAAAAGCAAAAGGGAUUUCGAGAGCAGCAAGCCACGAGGGAGGAGCGGAGACAAGCCAGAGAGGCAAAGCAAGCAGAGAAGCUGGCUAAAGAAAAUGCUGCUUUAAGCAAUCAGUCAGAUAAUAAAAGCAGCAGCAGCAAAACAAGCACACUGCAGAAGUCUACCACUCAAGAAGGGGAGAAGAAAACUGAGACUGCUGUGUCAAGACUAGAAAGAAGGGAGCAGCUAAAGAAGUCAAACACCCUUCCAACUUCUGUGACAGUGGAAAUUUCAGAUUCUGUUCCGUCAACCCCACUGGCAAAGGAGGUUCCCAAGAGGUUCUCUACACCUGAUGCUAACCCUGUGUCAACAGAACCAGCCUGGCUUGCAUUAGCCAAGAGGAAAGCAAAAGCCUGGAGUGACUGUCCACAGAUCAUAAAGUAAACUGUAAAAUCACAUCUCUAUUGCUGAGUAUUAAUUGCUUUCUUUUUAUUUAUUCAGCUUUUUACACAUGACAAAACUGAAAAUGCAUGUAUUGAAGGACUGAAAACUGAACUGAUUACCAUUUUGCUCUAGCUCAUGGUAAAGUCUACUCAAGUUGUAUAUUCUAUUGCUUUGACAAAUAGCUAAAUGAGGUAAUGGCAAAAAUUUCAGAGCCAUACACUCAAAAAACAAGAAUGCUCAGACACUGGAUGUAAAUUUUAGCAUGUAUCAUUAAAAGGGCAAGAACUUCAGUUCAGAAGCUCCUUAAAUUCCAUGAGCAUUUGGUUCUGGAAUUUUAUAUCUCCACACUUAAGUGGAGAUCUCAGAAUUUUUUUCAGCACUCCACUGUUGAAAACUAAGGCAAGAUGCGUGUUCCCUUCUCUUAUUCCUAAUUUUUCUAAAGUGUUAAACUGGAUGAAGUGUCAGUUCUACCUGCCUGAUGGCUCCUUCCAUAA